UGCUGCCAGAAAAAUGUCCACUCCCGUUGGUCCGGAGCCCUGCAACGUGGUCUGUCCCAGUUGCCGCCAGCAGGUUACCACCCGCAUAGAGCCGAAGGCCUCCACCAAGACGCACAUCAUAGCACUGAUCAUGUGCCUCACUUGCUGCUGGCCCUGUGCUGGCUGCCUUUACUGCACCAACUGUGCCCGGAACGCGAACCAUCACUGUCCAUCUUGCAACGCUUACAUUGGCACCUACGAGCGUUAAGAAACUUCCGGCGGAAGUCUUUGCUUUUCCGUGGCCUGCGGCCAGCAGCCGUGAUGAAAUGCAAUCCGAACCAUUGUAUUUUUACUCCGUUGUUACCUCUCUCACAUUUUUCAAUACACAAUAAUUUGUUAACACGCAAAUCAUUGUAGUACCAACUUAAGCUUUUGUAUCCUUAGCACAGCAAUAAAAAGAUUCAAGGAA